CCGUAAGUUUCGAGAGGCUUGCACCCAACGAGGCACGUGACGUAAUGUAUUCCCAAAUUGCAACCUGGAACCGAAACGUUAUCGCAUAGUGAGAAAAAAUGCGCUUACACCUCUCAACUUUGAGUCCUUUUGUUUCUCGGAAGCAACCGUGUGUAUUUUUUCGUUCAUGAUGAUAUGAUGCGCUUCAAAGAAAAGCCAAAGCAAAAAGCCAAAGGAGUUUUGUACCGAAAGGCCCCAAAUCAAUAUUCCCAAUGACCGCACAAAACGUGGUGACAUUGUCCCCGCCUCGGGACGCUAAAAGGGUCAUCAAUGCAGUGCUUACAAUAGCCGGGUCCGACAGUUCGGGCGGGGCUGGAAUCGAGGCUGAUAUCAAGACAAUCACUGCGCAUAAGACAUAUGCGUUGACAUGUAUCACAGCUCUCACGGCGCAGAAUACGACCGGGGUCAAGGCCGUAGCAGAAACGUCGAAAGAGCAUUUGCGCCAAAUCUUGAAGGCCAACUUCGAAGACUUCGUAGAUGGCUACGAUGGCCCGCACCCAUUGAAGGUUGUGAAAACAGGUAUGCUUACUUCCAGUGCAGCCGAGGUGCUAUCAGAACAUCUCCCGUAUUUGCAUGACAACAAUGUGCGCUUGGUAGUUGACCCAGUUAUAGUGGCCACUUCUGGGCAAGUGCUUGCCGAAAACGACACAAUGCAGCUAGUUUUGCGUGAUAUCAUUCCAUCGUCCUUGUUGUGCACUCCAAAUUCUGAUGAGGCCAAGUUCUUGUGGAAGGCCGUUGAGGGCCAGCUGGUGGACGAACACAGUUUCGACACCGUUGACAGUUUUGUUGCAUUUGCCAUUGCGCUUCAGAAGAAGUUGCACUGCGAAAACUUGCUCGUCAAGGGGGGGCACGUUCCUUUUUGUGAUGGGAAGAGACAGCUGGGAAAGAGUGCUCUGUCUCUGCUGGACGAAGAAAACAUGGAAAUAUGCGAUAUUCUCUAUGAGAGCAAGACAGACACAGUGACGGUGUUCAAAUCCUCGUACAUUCAGACAAACAACAGUCACGGCACGGGCUGCACACUUGCCAGUGCAAUCUCGGCAAACCUUGCCAACGGGAAGACGCUUGCACAGGCUGUGGCGCUUUCUAUACACUACAUCCAUAAGGGUAUGGUGACAGUGGAGGGAAAGUUGGGGCACUGCAACGGGCCAUUGGAUCAUGCUGUCGAGCCUCCUUCAACUUUCCUCGGUGUCUCAAACGGUGAGGCCUGGGACGUGAGCGCAGAGCACGGCACGUUCUUCAACUACUUCAAAAGCCAUCCGUUGGUCAGGGAAGGCUGGGAGAGGUACACGAAGCAUCCGUUUCUCGAACUCGUUGCGACGAACAGCUUGCCUUUCGAUGACUUCUUGUACUUCCUCAAGCAAGACUUCUACUACCUUGUGAACUAUGCUCGAGUCCACGGCUACGCAGCGUCGGUGGCUCCAGAUUGCGAGCAGAUUGAGGCACAGACCAGAAUCAUCGCGAGUAUCAUGACCGAGAUCGAGCGCCACAAGGACAAGCUCUCGAAGAAAUACAACAUCGACUACAACAACGCCGACUUGGACGCAGAGCUCCGGCCUGGCCCUGCGUGCGUCGCUUACUGCGACUACUUGACCAAAAUAGCCCGUGACCAGGACUUCGCCGCCAUUAAGGUUGCUGUGGCCCCGUGUUUACAUGGAUAUGCUGAGGCGGGCUUACAUGGCCUUGAGAUCCGCAAGCACUUUGACGGACAACUCAACCAAUUGGACAGCCAAGAGCAGAGCGAUAUAUAUUCCGCGUGGCUCGAUGACUAUGCGUCGGAUUGGUACCGGGCUGCGCAUGACGAGGGCAUCCGGGUUUUGGACUCGCUUUUCCUGGGGCAGACUUUGAGCGAGCACCGCAAAGAAGAGCUCUGUACGAUGUUCCGUGAUGUGGUGGAGCUCGAAGUCGCUUUCUGGGACGAGGUUGUUGACAGAAGCAAGCAGAAAUAGACCAAGAAUACACAAAAGAGGAUGUUUAGAGAAUUGACAGAAAAGAAUAGACAAGUAGUAGGCGGAAGGGUAUUCAUGAAAGGGUAAGGAGAGAGCACACAGAGAGUAGAGACGGGAGCAAGCAGAGUAAAUAGACCAGGAAUAUAGAUACACAUAAGAGAGCGUUUAGAAAUUUGACAGAAAAGAGUAGACAAGUAGUAGGCGGAAGAGCACUUCUGAAAUGGAUAGGAGAGCGCACGCAUGCUAAUAGCCCCAGGCUUUUAGCUGCGACGAGUCACGUGACGCCCGUGUUGCUUGUCGGACAUGGCCGAGGCAAUUGUUCUCCAGCAAUAUAAACGUGUGAUUUUCCUAGAUAUUUAGGCUUUGGCUGGUGGUUUGCUCUUUGCUCUUUUCCAUGCUCGUCCCUCAUCAGAAAGGAUGGACGUUUUGAUUAUUGCUGUGUGUUUUGGGUUCUGUAG